AUGAAAGAACUUGUCGUUGAUAAAGACCUGAAGGUCGAGAUCCAUGAUGUGCCAGUGCCGAAGCCAAACGCAGACCAAGUUCUGAUCAAAAUUGUUGUCUCCGGUUCAAACCCAAAGGACUGGAAAGUGCCCAUGUGGAUGAAGGAAACAUCUAAUUCAGGUGACGACAUCGCUGGCUUUGUGGAGGAAGUUGGCGAAAAUGUCACAGAGUUCAAGAAAGGUGAUCGGGUUGCGGCCUUUCAUGAGAUGAGAACCGCACAUGGAAGUUUUGCAGAAUACGGGAUUGCUUGGUCCCAUACAACAUUCCAUCUUCCAAAGAAAAUAUCAUUCGAAGAAGGUGCCACGAUUCCCCUGGCUGCUAUGACAGCUGCUCUUGGUCUUUAUUCAACUACCCGAUUGGGCCUACCAGAACCAUGGCAAGCCGCUAGCUCUCCUAUUCCGUUGAUUGUCUAUGGUGCCUCAAGCGCCGUGGGAGCCUAUGCCAUCCAGCUCGCUCAACUCUCAAACAUCCACCCCAUCAUCGCCGUCGCCGGACGCGGCCAGUCAUUCGUUGAAAAGCUCAUCGACCGCAGCAAAGGCGACACCAUAGUCGACUACCGCAACGGCGACGAGGCACUCGUCUCCAGUAUCAAAGACGCUCUCAAAGGCCAGGACAUCCACUACGCCUUCGACGCCGUAAGCGAGAAAGGCAGUUACCAAAACCUCAGCAAAAUUCUCUCCACUAAAGGAGGCAGCAAAAUCACACUCGUGCUCCCAGGACGUGAUUACGGCGAUAUCCCGGAGUCGAUUACGCAUAGUGUGACUACUGUUGGAAGUGUUCAUCAAGAUUCUCCAAGGGCUAAAGAGGGGAUCAAGAUCAGCGACAAGGAAUUUGGGUUUGUGUUUUUUAGAUUCUUUGGGCGUGGCCUGCAAGAGGGGUGGUUCGAGCCGCAUCCGCAUGAGGUUGUUCCCGGGGGGUUGAAUGGUGUGCAGAAGGGAUUGGAGAAUUUGAAGGAUGGGGUUAAUUCGGCUACGAAGUAUGUUUUUAGGAUUGAGGAGACUAAGUAG